AUGGAAAACACGUUUCACAGAGGAUUUUCCAUGAAAGGCUUUUGUCUUGUUUUUCUUUUAAUCGACCUGCAUUUCGUGUAUGGAGAUGUGAGCUACUCUAUCGCAGAGGAGAUGAAACGUGGGUCUGUGAUCGGAAAUAUAGCCAAAGAUCUCGGCCUUGGGAUUCCCACUCUUACCUCGCGUAAAGCUCGUAUUGACACUGACAGAGAUGAUAAACGGUUUUGCGACAUUAAUCUGAGCACCGGAGAUCUGAUUAUUACUGACAGGAUCGACAGGGAAGGUCUUUGUGGUAAGAAGGCGUCUUGCGUUUUAAAAGAAGAACUUGUUUUGGAAAAUCCUUUAGAGCUUCAUCGUAUAAGUAUUCAUGUACAAGAUAUAAACGACAACGCUCCACAGUUUAGUGAGGACUUAAUUUCAUUUGAAAUAACAGAAUCAGCAGUCAAAGGAGCUCGAUUCUUACUCACAGAAGCCCAUGAUGCAGAUAUCGGCACAAAUACUGUGCAGCGCUACAAUUUACAAAAUAAUGAGCAUUUCACCAUUAAUGUAGACACAGAGGGCAGUGGGAGGAAACACCCCGAAUUAGUUUUGGUAAAAGAAUUAGACCGGGAGCAACAGAAAGAACUAAAAUUGCUGCUUACAGCUAUAGAUGGUGGCUCACCACAGAGAUCAGGUACUGCGUUCAUACACGUCACUGUGCUGGAUGCCAAUGAUAACGCCCCAGUGUUCAGCCAGGCCGUUUAUAAAGCAAGUGUUCCUGAAAACGCACCUUUAGAUACCCUGGUUGUUACAGUGAGCGCUACUGAUGCAGACGCGGGACCUAAUGGUGAUAUUUUAUACAAUUUUGAUCAUGUAUCUGAUGAGCAUGUCUCUUUGUUCUCGCUUGAUCCUAAGAAGGGAGACGUAAGAGUCAUCGGCUCUAUAGAUUAUGAGACUGAGACCUCCAUUGAACUGCGAAUAAGAGCAAAAGAUGGACCAGGUCUUACCUCGUAUUGUACAGUAAUUAUAGAUAUAACAGAUGUCAAUGACAACCCACCUGCUAUCAGUUUGAAAUCACUGACUAAUCCCAUACCUGAGAAUGUGUCACCUGGUACAGAGGUGGGCAUCAUUAAUGUUCAGGACAGAGACUCUGAGCGCAACCGACAGGUCCGCUGCUUCAUUCAGCAAGGCGCCCCUUUUAAGUUAGUUCCCUCUAUUAAAAACUAUUAUUCUCUGGUGACUACAGGACAACUGGACCGUGAACUAGUGUCUGAUUACAACAUUACAAUAACAGCCACUGACGAGGGCUCUCCACCUCUGUCCUCCUCUAAAACUGUUCAGUUAUCUGUAGCAGACAUCAACGACAACCCACCUGUGUUUGAGGAACAGUCGUACAGCGCAUAUGUGACUGAAAAUAACAAACCUGGCUCCACUUUAUGUUCCGUUACUGCUCGAGACCCCGACUGGAGACAAAACGGUACAGUGAUUUAUUCUCUGUUAGCUGGUGAGGUGAACGGAGCCCCGGUGUCCUCCUAUGUAUCUGUUAACGGAGACACGGGGGUGAUCCACGCUGUGAGGUCGUUUGAUUAUGAACAGUUCAGGAGUUUUAAAGUCCACGUGAUGGCCAGAGACAACGGGUCUCCUCCGCUGAGCAGCAACGUGACCGUCAGUGUCAUCAUAUCCGAUGUGAAUGACAACUCUCCUCAGAUACUGUACCCCUCUGCUGAGGAUAACUCCUUCAUGACCGAGCUGGUCCCCAAAGCUGCACACGGAGGCUCUCUGGUGUCCAAAGUGAUAGCGGUGGACGCAGACUCCGGACAGAACGCCUGGCUGUCCUAUCAUAUAGUGAAAUCCACUGAUCCAGGACUUUUCAGUAUUGGUGUCCACAGCGGAGAGAUCAGGACACAGCGGGACAUUUCUGAAUCUGACAACAUGAAACAGAACCUUAUUGUGUCAGUGAAAGAUAACGGACAGCCCUCUCUCUCUGCCACCUGUUCCAUGUAUUUACUUAUUUCUGAUAACUUGGCUGAGGUCCCAGAACUGAAGGAUAUUUCUUACGAUGAGAAGAAUUCCAAACUGACUUCUUAUCUGAUCAUCGCACUGGUUUCUGUGUCCACCUUUUUUCUGACUUUCAUCAUCAUCAUCCUUGGUGUGAGGUUUUGUCGCAGGAGAAAGCCCAGACUGUUGUUUGAUGGAGCAGUUGCCAUCCCCAGCGCUUAUCUCCCUCCUAAUUACGCAGAUGUUGACCCCACAGGAACUUUACGCAGCACUUAUAAUUAUGACGCCUACUUGACAACAGGUUCUAGAACCAGUGACUUUAAGUUCGUUUCAUCUUACAAUGACAACACUCUGCCUGCUGACCAGACUCUGAGGAAAAGUCCAUCAGACUUUGCUGAAGUGUUUGGAGAUAGUGAUAAUUCUCCCGAGGUAAGAAUAUCAAUCGUUUGA